AUGGGCGGAGAAUGGGGUGAUAAAGAGUUUGGAAUUGCAAGGACAGAGCUGGACGAGAAAGUUGGUGGUGUGACGCGGGCGCGCACGCUGGGCCGCUUCCCGGACACGCUGCUCGGGGACCCGGCGCGCCGCAGCCGCUUCUACGACGGCGCACGUCGCGAGUAUUUCUUUGACCGGCACCGACCCAGCUUCGACGCCGUGCUCUACUACUACCAGUCCGGCGGGCGGCUGCGGCGGCCGGCGCACGUGCCGCUCGACGUCUUCCUGGAGGAGGUGGCCUUCUACGGGCUGGGCGCCGCCGCCCUGGCACGCCUGCGCGAGGACGAGGGCUGCCCCGUGCCGCCCGAGCGGCCCCUGCCCCGCCGCGCCUUCGCGCGCCAGCUCUGGCUGCUCUUCGAGUUCCCCGAGAGCUCGCAGGCCGCGCGCGUGCUCGCCGUCGUCUCCGUGCUCGUCAUCCUCGUCUCCAUCGUCGUCUUCUGCCUUGAGACUCUGCCCGAUUUCCGCGACGACCGUGACAACCAUGAGCUGGCCGCGGUGGCUGCGGCUGGCCCGUUCCCUGCUCGGUUGAAUGGCUCCAGCCCAGUGCCUGGCCCCCCUCCUCGCAUGCCCUUCGACGACCCCUUCUUUGUGGUAGAGACGCUAUGCAUCUGUUGGUUCUCCUUCGAGCUGCUGGUACGCCUGGCAGCUUGCCCGAGCAAGGCGGCAUUCUUCAAGAACGUGAUGAACAUCAUCGAUUUCGUGGCCAUCAUGCCUUACUUUGUGGCCCUGGGCACCGAGCUGGCCCGGCAGCGGGGAGUGGGCCAGCCGGCCAUGUCCCUGGCCAUCCUGCGCGUCAUCCGGCUGGUGCGUGUCUUCCGAAUCUUCAAACUGUCCCGCCACUCCAAGGGCCUGCAGAUCUUGGGUCAGACGCUGCGGGCUUCCAUGCGUGAGCUGGGCCUCCUCAUCUUCUUCCUCUUCAUUGGCGUGGUCCUCUUCUCCAGCGCUGUCUACUUUGCCGAGGUCGAUCGGGCAGACUCCCACUUCACCAGCAUCCCCGAGUCCUUCUGGUGGGCCGUGGUCACCAUGACCACCGUUGGCUACGGGGACAUGGCGCCCGUCACCGUGGGUGGCAAGAUAGUGGGCUCCCUGUGCGCCAUUGCGGGCGUGCUGACCAUUUCCUUGCCUGUGCCAGUCAUCGUCUCCAACUUCAGCUACUUUUACCACCGGGAGACCGAGGGUGAAGAGGCUGGGAUGUACAGCCAUGUGGACACACAGCCCUGUGGCCCACUGGAGGGCAAGGUCAAUGGGGGGUUAGUGGAUGGCGAGGUGCCUGAGCUUCCGCCCCCACUCUGGGCCCCCCCGGGGAAACACAUGGUCACCGAAGUGUGAGGGACAGCAGGGGUGGGCCAGACCUCACA